AUGUCCAAGGAGUAUGUGGUUGUUAUUCUUGAUGCUUCGAAGCAUAUGGAAUUGAAGCGGGUUGAUCAGGGUCGAGUUGAAAGCGACUUUGAACUUGGUUUGAAAUUUAGCUGCGAUUAUUUCAUCCAGCAGUUGUUGCGAAACCGAAAACUGGACAGGUACUGCUUCAUAAUCUACACGCUUGGCGAGAUCAAAAGUAUUUACUAUGACGAGCCCAUAUCUUUAAGCCAUGUCAAGGAGUUUAGCGAAAGUGCGAGAGAACUACAUUCUGAACUAUCGGAGUCAAAGCAGGAGGGAAAGUAUUACGAUCUUGUCGCGGCACUCGAGGACGCGUUGAUGGGCCAAAUUGCAAACAAAUACGCCAGGACUAUUUUCAUAGUAUCCAAUGGCCUUGGUGGAGUGAAUGGUUCAUUGCUGGAUACCAGCACGUUCAAGGGUAUAAUCUCAAAGUACAAUAUAACGUCGACGUUCUUGCUAAUGGCAAAUGAGCAUAAUCAAAUGGCCAAGCAACGCAUAGCAAAUCUAAGCUCACAAUUGGACGACCUGAUCCAUGUCUUGAGUUUCGAUGAAUACACAAGGAGCGGUCCAGCCUUGAAGCUUAUCGGUCCCAGAUGUUUGUGUGACUCAUACAUGUCUUUUGCAUCUAUAGGCGACUCGGAGAGUAAGGGCAUAAAUCUUCAGAUCCAAGUUUAUCCUGCAAUACGAGUGCAAACGACGAUAAGGGGGCAUGACUAUUUUGUUGGUGACAAGUCUGCUCCCGUCCCAGUAAAAAGAGACACGAGAUACUACAUUAAAAAAAAUUCUGGUCAAGAAGAUGUGAUGGGGAAUGUAAAAACCGAGGACGGAUCUAACGAAGCUGACGCUGGUGACGAAAAGGUGUUUUUACCAAGAAACGAGUUUUGCCACGGAAUCCAAUAUUCGCGACGAGACGUUGCUGCUCUUACCACCGAGCUUGAAGAAGAGGCUACUCUACACACGUCGCCCGGGAUCAACAUUCUUGGGUUUUUGAAAUCGGACAAAGUUCCUAUUCCAUAUCUUUCCGAGGAAUCCUCAUAUGUUAUUCCAAGCACAAAAUUUUACAGCGACAACAGGAUUGCUUUCAAUUCUCUCGUGGAAUCACUAUUGGAUCUAAAUCUAGCUGCCAUUGUUCGAUAUGUUCAAAAACCCGACGAUGAAGUACAAAUCUGCGUUGCUUUGCCGCAAAGGGUCGCAAUCGGCGAGAAAUGGGCGCAUGUUCUACUUAUGACCCGACUUGCGAUGAAGGAAGACGAAUCGGUGGGCAAGUUCCCAUUGCUUUCCAAAUCGCUGGACGCCGAGGUCGACGUGCAAAUGGAACACUUGAUACACAGUAGAAAGUUGCGGAAUGACGAGACAAGACCCAACAGCAUAGACAACGCCAAGUGUGGCUUGUCAAAGGCAAAGCCGUUUUCAAGUCCAAUCACAAAACACACGUCGUUGGAAAGGAUGCUACUUGCAACCGACCCGUCUACAAAGAGAUUCGACCACUACGUUCGCAAGAUAUUGUACAAGUCAUUAGGGAGGAAACAAACCUCACUAUCUGAGUUUACCAGUGAGCAGGACUUUAUUGAAAAGUAUCUCACUGCCGAUGAGCCUCACACGUUGCUCAAUAUGAACAACAUGCUAGAUGCUAGCGAAGAAGACUUGUGCCAGGCCUCUGCUGGCUCAACAAGCGAGAUUGCAGCCAACUUGAAAGCAGAGCUUAAAGUGAAAUACCGGAAAAAGCAACUGAAAAAGCUCCUCGAGCGGAAACGAAAAUUUGAUUCAGCAUUUGGUGCCUUUGCCGGGGACAAUGAUGGCAAUUUCGACGAGUUUUUCGACAUUGAAGAUAUGCUUGCCUAG